AUGUCGCGAAGUAGCGGGUCGGGGACUCGAACGAAUUGCGCCAAUCCUGAACUCCUGUCCUGGCUCGGAGAGCUGCGCGACGAGCAGGAGGAAGACUCGAACUACCGCAUGGUUCUUGGUAGAGCAUACAAGAGCUUAAGGGAGUUCCCAGAUGUACUCGAACGUGUCGAAGACGCUGUGCGAGUUAAAAGCAUUGGUCCAAAGAUCAUCAGCAAGCUCAAGGAGAAGCAAAAGGAGAAGAUCGGUGACUUUUCCUCCAUUGCGGGUGCCUCUGCCUCUGCCGUGACCCAACCGAAGAAACGCGGCAGGCCCAAGAAGGCUGACGGCAGCGGUGCCGCCCCUCUAUCUCGCCAAGUAUCGGGCCCCUCAGUGAUGCAAACACCUGGAUCAGCGAAGGCUACCUCGAGCUCCUGCAAUGCCUCUGCAUCCGCCAUAGUCCCCGAAACCGUGGAAGACGCCCCCCCUUCCGGAGCACCCCUAACGAACUCGGACCCCUUUUUGUUUACCUACCUCGAUGCCAAUUCGAAGCCUGUUCGCAGGCGAGACGAUGCCUACUUCGAAGAGACGAGCCUCAGAGAACCAGGAUACCUCAUACAAUACUCGACUCAGUACAACAAGCAUCCCCUCACCAGAGAGCUACUAGGACAGAUCCAGAUUGGCGAGAAGGUCACCGCGUAUCUUCCAAUGAUCUUCGCACUGGAGAUGGAGACCUCUCCACAGCCUAUACCCCAGGCCGCCCCGCCACCACAGGCAGAGAAGCGGAAGCUCUCCGAUCUGCUGGAUGCGGAGAGCAGGGCGGUCGCCGCACAGAAGCGGCGCUGCACUGGAUCCUUGGACCCUGCUCGCCAGCUACCGGUGCAGGCGCCCGGUCCUGCAUCGACGUCGUUUCCGACAGCACGCAAGCCCAUGGCUCGCUCAGCCACGAUGCCUGCUAUGAACAACAACCUGCCGCCGCCAGCGGCGGAAGGGACCAUAGCCAGGACCGCCUCCCUUCCGAACAACGCCAGAGCGCAACGCAACAAGCCGCGCCUGUCCUCCGCGCUCCCCACCAUGGAGAUCGAGGUCGACCUCGAGGACCCGUACGCGUCCGCAGAGGCCAUGACUCUCCCUGAAUUCGACCCCAUCGUCAUUCCCGCCGAAGCCUACGACAUCAAAUUCGUCCUCGACAACAGGGAAAUCAGGUCGAAGAAGGACCGAGACGGGCUGGCCGACCGGCUGAUCGCCAGGGGCAUACCGGUGGUGAAGGCGCCGCUUGAGAUAGGGGAUGUCGCGUGGAAGGCUGUCCGUAGGCGUCCGCGCGGCGACGAGUACGACGAGGUCGCGCUUGAUGUGAUCUUGGAACGCAAGCGCUUCGACGACUUGUGGAUGAGCAUCAAGGAGGGCCGCUUCCACGAGCAAAAGUUCCGCCUUCAUAACUCGGCCGUGACGAAGGUGUUCUACCUUGUGGAAGCGUACGAUUGCCAUCGGCGAGAAGAGGCCAAGAAGACGACCAUGGGCAAAGCCUUCGACACCGCGAUCAGCUCAACGCAAGUGGUCGAUCACUUCCGCGUCAAGGAGACGAACCACAUCGACGACACAAUCGCCUACUACGCCACGCUGCACGCGGCGGUCGUGGAGCGGUACCGCGGCCAGCCGCUCAGCGUGCUCCCCUCGGAGCUCGUCCGCCGCCAGACCUACCUCAAGCUGCAGAAGGGCCUGCGCCGCAGGGAGCCGUACCGCGAGUACCUCACGACCUUCACGGCGUUCCAGCGGCUCAACACCAAGUCCGGCUUCACCACGGUGCGCGAGACGUGGGCGCGGCAGCUGCUGCGCGUGGGCCUGAUGAGCGCGGAGAAGGCGAGCGCGAUCGUGCAGAAGUAUCCGUGCCCGCGCGCGCUCAGGGACGCGUUUGUGGCGGCAGGGGAGCGGGAGAAGGUGGAGCGGGCGGUGGAGGAGAUGGAGGCGAGGGCGGUGAAGGGUGGGAGGAGGAAGAAGAGCCGGGUGCGGCCCGCGAAGCACCUCCUCAAGGAUGUGGGGCAAGGCGUGAGGAUGGUAGGGGAGUCGUUGAGUGAGAAGGUAUAUGAUCUUAUGAUGUCGGAUGAAUAUGCAACGCGGUAGGACAGUCGCGAUAUAGACCUGACUUCUUGAGUUUCGACCGUAUCUAAAAACUUCAU